AUGGAUUGGUUAAGUGCUCAAACAACAUGUCUACAAAUGAUCGAUUCAACAAAUAAAACAAGUCGAUUACUUGAAAUGAAUAAUCUAGAUGAAUAUAAUUUCAUUCAAAAAUAUAUUAAACAAAUAUUAACAGAUAAUCAAAUGAAAAUAGAAGUAAAUAAUAGUCAAGGAAUAUUAUCUAGUACAAUUGCAUUUAUUGGUAGUCUAGGAUUAAAAAGUUCAACAGCAAAAUGGACCUAUCGUUGGGGAAAUAAGUCUUCUAAUACAUAUACAAGUACUAAUCCAAUGUGGUGUAAAGAAAAACAUUGGAAUUCAAUAAUAUUUCCAGCUGAACCAGCAUGGGAACAAAAUAAAACAAUCAACAAAACUUUUCAAGCAUUUAAACGAUGGAAUGAUUCAAAUGAUGGAUGUCUUGUUUCACUUUUAUCAACAGCUAAACAACCAUUUCUUUGUGAAAUCAUUGGUGAAUCAGGAAGACUUAAUAAUCAAUCUAUUAUAUCUUUUAUUUCUCCUACUAUAACAACCAUAAUAUCAUCAACAACAAGUAAACAAACUAUAACUAGUGAUCAUUCAUCAUCAUUAAUCUCUCAACAAUUAUCAACAUCAUUUUUUAAUAGAACUACAACAUUAAAAUUGAAUGUGACAAAUGAAGAAUCAGGUUUAAAAAAUAAACAAUUUUUAUUUAUUAUUAUUGGAAUUAUUGGUAUUGUUUUAUUAAUAACUCUUCUUAUCAUUAUUAUUAAUAUUAAACAAAAGAAACAAAAAUCAUCUAAAAAUUUAAAAUCAACUAGAAAAAAAUCAUUAUCUGAUUCAAAAAUUGAUAAAAAAAAUCUAGAAGAUUUACAAUCAAAUGAUUCAUUUGAUUCAGAUUUAACAGCUGAAAGUACUACUCAAAAAUCUAUAAAAUCAAAAGGACUAUUCACUGACAAUCAGUCAUUAACACCAAGUAACUCAAACUCUAGUAAUGCAACGAAAGCUGCUUUAUGGGAUGAAAUGGAAUCAUCAUUAUUUUCUUCAACAUCUCGUGAUCCUAUCAAACAUCAAUCUUCAUAUCAAAAAACUAAACCUUUGUAA